CCCUGGCAGGCGAAAAAAGCAGUGAACGAUAGGGCAUGGAGAUCCCUCAAAAUGAAUAAAUUCAUUUCUUUUUGCCUGUGAUUUAUCAUUAAUUUAAACUUGCAUGCCUUGAUUGGUCCUCCGUUUUUAUUUUUACCCAAACACAACAAAUGAAAUAGAUACAGAUGGAAAAUCGCAGAUCAAAACGAGCAGCAAAAGCUUGUGUUGCCUGUCGGCAAAGUAAAAUUAGGUGUACCGGAGAAAGGCCCUGUCAGAACUGCCAUCGCCGCAAGACAGAUUGUUAUUUCUCAGAUUCCAACACAAAGGUCUUAAUUUCUGAAAGAUACUUACGUGACCUCCAGAAUCAAGCUAGAGGAAGGGCAACAGGGGGAACAGGACGCUUGAGAGGCUCCUCUGACCCUGAAGAACAAAAUCAGCACACUCCACCUCCAUCCGACAAGAGCACUCUAUCUGAGCCGGUUGGAAUUGCACCGAGAGGCCCAUCUCAGGAAAGCGAGUCCAUGCUUAGUAUAUGGACCAGUCCCUUUGCGCUGCCUACGACCGUGAUCAAAGAUGCCGCUUCCAAAAAACGCAAUUGGCUCUGGCUGGCGCCAACCUCUCCUUGGUCAUUUGUUGCAAGACUUGCUGUCAUGAUGAGUGAAAAACUCAAUCUAGCCUCGCCUGAGACUUUAAAUCUCCAUUUGGAUGGAGACAUAUAUCCUCUCGACUGGAGUAACUUGCGAAACACCCGGGACUGCUUGGAUACUAUACCUUUACCCUCAGUCGACCAGGCCAUUCAUGCUUUCAACACUGUCAAAUUCUAUCUAAAUCAAAUCUAUCGCCUUUUGAAUGCCGAUUUUGCUGCCCAGAUACAACACUUUUAUGAGCGCCGAGCAGCUGGUGAAUCGGCCCACUCUCGCAUGUGGCUCAUCCAGCUACUACUUGUUCUCGCGUUUGGAAAGGUGUUUUCUUCACGGACAAAAACAGAGGGUGGCCCGCCUGGAUCGAAGCUAUUCCUGUGUGCCAUGUCUCUUAUGCCAAACCAUACAUUCACCUGCAGAGAUAGCCUCGCUGUGAUCGAAAAUCUGGCUCUCAUAUCUCUGUACCUAUAUUCAAUCGAUCACAGGGAGGGAGCGCACUCCUAUAUUGGUCAGGCCAUACGAAUAGCACAGCUGGAGGGGCUUCAUACUCAGCUUCCAGAGGAUGAGUUGGGCCAUGAAACAGUCACUAGAUGCCGAAACAUCUGGUGGUCACUGUACAUUAUAGAUCGCCAGAUCUCCUCUGCGCUUGGGCUUCCUAUGACCGUCCAGGACUUUGAUAUCUCCGCCUUGGUCGAUGUACCGGGUGAUGGCUCACAAAAUGCUACUUUUAGUCUACAAGUGAGACUAUCACAGAUGAUGUCGUCUAUCUUGAGUAAAAUAUUUAGGACCGAGAAAACACCACUGGGUCAUUUUAUGGAUCUGACCAGAGAGAUACUCCAGGCAAUGGCCGGGCUUGCUGAAGAAAUUGAAGACAUAUUUCCCUCUGGGUUUCAAUCUUCCAUGGACACGAUGCCCCAUGAUAUGCGGUUCAUUAUCUUACUGUAUCAUAAGUGUGUUAUUCUUGCAACACGGCCGCUUCUUCUCUCCGUUUUGAAGGAAAGGAUGGAGAAAAUUGACCGGCCAGAAGAGGAAUGGCACCAAUUCUUGGUUCUUCCAAGAAGUAUUGUUUCUAUUGGCAUUAAAUCAGCUAUCAAGUCGCUAGAAAUCAUCUCAGACGACAAUAUUAUUCUUGAGACAUUCCUUCCCUUUGAUCUGGAAUUCACCUUCGCAGCCGCUCUCCACUUGACGAUAGCCGAUACACUCUUUCAAUUUGAUGCAAUGGACAAUCACCACACCAGGGCGGCUCAUCAGGUCCUUGACCGGCUUGUCUCGGGUGGCAAUCGAGUUGCCGAGGUCCGGCGAACCGAACUUCUUCACAUGCAGUUCUUGUUUGGAGAGCUCUCGAACAGGAUCAGGCAACAGGGAAUCCAAGGUUUGACGUUAUCCAAUGCCAAAGAACGAGAGACUGCCGGUAGCUCUAGGAUGGACACAGUGCAGGAGGAGGAGCGGGAGGGGAGCUUGUCUUCUACGGCCAUGGAGUGGCACGCGGCUUCAGUAGAGGAUGUUGAGUCAUUUAUAUUGACGCAAGACUCAUUGGCACAAAACUCCGAUUCCCUCGAGGCCGUGGGAAUUUCAUCAAAUGAGUUUCUCUCUAUCGUGGAUCAGAUAGGGUCCCAAGGCCUUACUCAAGGAAUAUGGGAUUUACAGCCAGACUGGCUCAUAGAGGGCAAUACUGUCAACCAGGGCGAUUUCAAUAAUAUGUGAAGCAUAAUAGUGAUGUAUUGAAUCUUUAAGCUUGCCACCAAUGAUAAUGACGUUAGGGC